GUCUCAUCCACCCUGGCAGGAAUUUCUUGCUUGGAGCUCAGACAACAAAGGCAGAGUGAGACUGGUUUUCUUUCUCUCAGCAUCUCCACCCUACGAGCUGAAAACCGCUUCAGAUCUUUAGGGUUCACCAAACUAUGGAACUUGAUUUUGGACACUUUGACGAAAGAGAUAAGACGUCCAGAAACAUGCGAGGCUCACGUAUGAAUGGAUUGCCCAGCCCCACUCACAGUGCUCACUGUAGCUUCUACCGAACCAGGACCUUACAGGCACUGAGUAAUGAGAAGAAAGCAAAGAAGGUGCGUUUCUAUCGCAAUGGGGACCGCUACUUCAAGGGGAUUGUGUAUGCCGUGUCCUCCGACCGCUUCCGAAGCUUUGAUGCUUUGCUGGCUGACCUGACCCGUUCUCUGUCUGAUAACAUUAACCUGCCUCAGGGAGUUCGCUACAUCUACACCAUCGAUGGGACCAGAAAGAUUGGGAGCAUGGAUGAACUGGAAGAAGGGGAAAGCUAUGUCUGUUCAUCUGACAACUUCUUCAAGAAGGUGGAGUAUACCAAGAAUGUCAAUCCCAACUGGUCUGUCAAUGUGAAGACAUCGGCCAACCUGAAAGCACCUCAGUCUCUGGCCAGCAGCAACAGUGCCCAGGCAAGGGAGAACAAGGAUUUUGUGCGUCCCAAGCUGGUGACCAUCAUCCGCAGUGGGGUGAAGCCCCGAAAGGCAGUUCGUGUGCUCCUGAACAAGAAGACUGCACAUUCAUUUGAGCAAGUUCUCACUGAUAUCACUGAAGCUAUAAAACUGGAGACAGGCGUGGUCAAAAAGCUGUAUACCCUGGACGGGAAACAGGUGACCUGUCUCCACGAUUUCUUUGGGGAUGACGAUGUGUUUAUUGCCUGUGGUCCGGAAAAAUUCCGCUAUGCACAGGAUGACUUUUCUCUGGAUGAAAACGAGUGCCGUGUAAUGAAAGGGAAUCCUCCAACCACUCCAGGCAGCAAGUCGUCCCCAACCCCUCAGAAGAGCUCAGCAAAGAGUCCAGCCCCCAUGCGCCGGAGCAAGUCUCCAGCCGAUUCAGGUAACCAUCAAGAUGCAAAUGGAACAUCAAGCAGUCAGCUGUCUACACCCAAAUCCAAGCAGUCUCCAAUCUCCACACCUACCAGUCCAGGGAGCCUCCGUAAGCACAAGGUAGACUUGUACCUGCCUCUGUCCUUGGAUGACUCUGAUUCCCUUGGAGAUUCCAUGUAAAGGAACACAAUGCUAAUUGUCUGUAGUACAAGCUAUGUUUAAGAUACAGUACAGUACUUCUGCCAAAAGAAGCAGAUAGGUGACUGGUACUUUCAAAUCAAAGGACACAAAGUUAUAUGUCAUUUUUUUUCUAUGAUUUAUCCUCCGUGCCACAAAUUGACACCUAUCAACUAUUAGGGAUAGAGUGAUACCAUCCUUCUGAGUAAUUUUAUAGGGAUGCAAAAUGGGCAUUGCCAGCAAUCUGACACCAAUGAUCUCAUGCAUUUCCCCUUUACUUCAAUUUUUUUCUUCUGCUCUAACUUCUUGAGUUUCCUAUUGACUGCAGAAAAGUUGACAGUUCCCACUAGAAGUACAUAACUAAAUCUUUCACUGAUCAAUUCUAAAGCUAAAAGAAAACAAAUACUAAUCUCCACCUUUUCAAAAUGCUGAUGAAUGCGAGCAGCUCUUUGAAAGCAGAUCUGCUUCUAAUUUUGCAUCCCUGGCUUUAGCACCUGCAUGCUGUCUAUCACCAAUUUCUGUUGCUGAACGGUGGGCAGAGAGAUGGCUUGUUGCUCUGGUAAAAGAUGCUUAAGAUGCCAGCAGAAUGUGAAACAAAGGCGUUUGGACAAGAUUCAGAAAUGCUGCGUAAGACGCUAAGUAAAGUUUUUAUAGCACAGUGAUUACAUUAUAAAUUUCUGUAUUGGGUCAUUUUCUAAUAAAUAAGCAAGAUAUAUAUACAUGUCAGCUGAGUGGUGAACCAGAUUUCUCCUGUAGCCCAAAGAUAAUGCUGGCUGAUAUCAAGUUAUUAUACCUGCCAUAUGGUAUCUCUCUAUCUCUGCUUAUAAUUAUUGCCUUGUAAACAGCCAACACUGAAAACACUGUGAGAAUUUGUUUUCAGGUCUGACACCUUUAGGUCGCUUUUUGUAGCAAGAAACCAAUACACUUUUUAUAAAAAAAAAACAAAAAAUCUUGUAUCUGUGUUUUGGGAGUAAGUAUUCAAGCUCCUUUUUUAUAAAAGCUGGUAAUUUUCUUUUGUUUAAAAAACACAUUCAGAAAAAUUUACAAAAAAAAGCCAAUUGCAAAACAGUAAUAACUGUAUUUAGAAAUCAUGUCAUCACUGCCAAACAGAAGAGAAGUCAAUUCAAAAUAAUGAAUGUUUUGAUAGUUUUUUUGUAAUGUUUAAACUUGCAUUUUUGGUUUAUACAAUUCAAUAUCCCUAACUAUGGCCAGAUGCUCUUACUUAUAUUACAAAUGGAACUUUGUGCUAUUCAAAGACAGUAUUUUAAGAAACUCAUAUUGGGGGUGAAAUAAACUGGUAUGGAAUUUAGAGAAAACUUUCACUUUUAUUAAUUACUAAUGACUCUUGCAGGAUGCAAAGUUCAUGUAUUUACAAAAUGCUGGUGGUUUUUACUAUGCUUAGGCUUUACUGGCAUAGGUUAGUUCUUUCAGUGACUCUGACGACUACAAAACUUUACCUGGGUACAGUACAUGCAAACAAACCUUUUGUUGUUGUUGUUUUUGCUUUUUACUUUUACUUUGUUUCAGCAGAUAUGCAGAUUAUUUUAUGUCCUUGCAAUCCCUUGUCAUUAGAAUGAAUUAUGAAGUUGUGAUAUUGGAUGCUACAUGAAUGCUUGGCAAUAGGAUGACAUCAUUUUGUUCCUUCAUUUGUGCCGGGAUGCCAUUCCAUAUUUUUUGUUUUUUCCAUUGCUACCAUUAACACUCUGUAUUGGCUGCAUCUUUUAGGUUCAUAUGAUGAUGUGUAUAAUGCAAGGUGUUUAGAGAAAAAAAAGAGCUGCGUGUGAGAUGAUCCAAAACAAACAUUGGAGUUACCCAGCGAUUUGAGUUAUUUUGCACCAAAUUUGCACCUACAGUCUUGAGCCCACAAUUAUUUGCACCCACAAUUUUUUGUGAGAAAUCAUUUGUUCCCACGAAAAACUUAAUUUUAAUGUGUAAGCCUCUGACCACUUUGGGGUUAAGUGCCCAUUUGACCUCUUGUAUUAAGGUAUUUGACUUCAAUUCAGAUGGAUGAAGGUUCAUGUUCCUUCCUGGUUAAAGCGCCUUGUUGGGGAAGGACAGUUUUGUGAACGAAGCACAGGAGUGUUGUCAGAUGAUCUUAGUUCAGCUCUUGGCUCUGCCAGAUUUGGUGUAUGAACUGGAGCAGGUCUCUUAGUUUCUUGGUGCCUCAAUAUAUUUAUCUGUAAAAUGAAGAUAAUAACUGCUCUAUUUGACAGCGACUUGUGAGGCCAGAUGUCCAUUAAUGUUUGUAAAGUGCUUUCAGACCCACUGACGGAAGGUGCAAACUGCGAGGUUUUACUAUUUGUGGAAACAAACCUAGUUAUUUUAGGGGCUGAUGGUUGGGUGUAUGAUCGUGUGGAUGCUAUUUUAGAGACCAUUCUUGAAAAUAUGGCUCUUUAAGUAUAAGGGCAUAAUAGAACAAAUUAUUUAUGCCAACAAUACUACUGACUACAGCCUGUGUUACACUGAGAAGUCAAAUUUACCUUUGGCACAAUAGAAACUGACUUCCUCUUAUCUUCUCUGUUUGAAAUCUUGAAGAUCCCCACCACCAGUUUUUUCCCAGGGUCUUUGUAAAGGCUCUGCACUGAAUGGUAGCUAUCAUCCUACCUGUUAAAGAUGACUGAGCAGUUCUCCAGCCACAAUGAUGCUUCUUAAUGAGACAGAGGAAUGCUCCCACCCCAUCCAUGGUCUGAGUGUCUUGCCACUCAUCUCCCAGUCCUUGUCAGUCUAGGAGGCAAGAGAUUAGCACCAAAAAAUAAAUCUGGGACUUCCUUAUAGCAGUUCAGAAGAUUUAUCAAUAGCUCCGUGGGGAAUCCAAGUCUCAUAUCCAAAAGCAGAUAUGAGUCAUAUUACUGACAGCAGUACAGUACAGUGCUUAAAGAUGCAUCGGAAAACUCAGUUUCUUUUCUCCAGGAUCUGUCAAAAUCAGUUUGCAUGAGACAAAGCAGGAACCCAAAAACUGAAUGGAACUUUGGGCAACCCACUAUAUGGGUAGCUAAAGCAGAAGUAGAUAGUUCUCCAUCUGCCACGAACAGUGCUUAGAUAAUAAUUUUUUUAAAAACCAACAAAAAACCCCCUGCUAGUCUGCCAGUGGAACUUGCUAAAGAACUGUUACAGGCAUUCUUCGUGAAUUGCACUUAAAGUGACAUGUCUAAGAACUUGAUCCUGCAAAUAUGCACUCAUGGGAGGAGUUUUGCAUGCUCAAGGACUACUCACAUGAGGAAGGGUUCUGCAGGACUGAGCCUGAUGAUCAUUUUUGAGCACACACUGCCUCAGAAAGGGAAUUUACAGAGGCCUAAUAGAAGAAAGCAUUUUCUUCAGAGGGAAAAUGAUAGCCAUUCAGCUGAGCAAAAGCCACAUGUAAAACAGGGUAAGAGAUCAGACUCCCAGGUUUAAAAUGCAUUUUUCCAGGUAGAGAUCAGUGAGCAUUUCAGAGGUAACACAUAGGUAGACUGUAUGAAUGCUGAUAUUGCAUGAGAACUUGUACAGAAAUGCAUGUGGAAUAGCAUCCAUACGGUGCUAGGCUUCUUCCAGGAUCCCUGGAAUAUAAAAAGAAAAGAAUCAGAGACAGCAUACUAUAGUAAUUUCAGUAUAUGGAUGGCCCUGAUUCAGGAAAGCAUGUAUGCAUGUGCUUAUUUAUAAGCAUGUGCUUAAAUCCCAUUUACUUCAGUGGGACUUAAGCACAUGCUUAAUGCUGUUCUGAAUUGCGAUGAAUUAUGAAUUACUUGUAGCAUACUACUGCAGCAAUUCCAGUCAAAUUGAGUUACUUGGAUCAGACCAUAGUAAUGCCAUGAUAAACUUCCGAGUUCACUGCUAAUUUUGUUCUUCUUUUACAAACACACAAAACUCCUCAGGAUAUAAGGAUUUGCCAUAUUCUAUUAUAAAAGUGCUGUCUGAUUUCCCAUCUGAGGCUGUUUUAAGUGUUAUCUGAGACUGAGUCACUAUGACCUCAUUGUUUAAAAACUAUACAUGAAGGAAUGGUAAGCAUUGUGUAUUACAUCGCUCUAUCUGUAAUUUACACUGUGCCUGGUCUAUUGCAGUGUCUAUAUAUAUUAAGCAGUAUGUAUGCAUAUUUAAAGGCAUAUCCACAUUAAGGAGGAAUUAGAGCAAUGUCAGUGGCAGUUUUGUUUGUAGAAGAUCAGGCCCACAGAGUAUUGCAUUAAAUUAUAGAUCCUUCUGAAACUUUUUGUUAAUAUCGGGAUCCUAAAGUGUAUGGACCAGCCCCUCUGCUCGUGUGAAUUGUGGAGCUACACCAGCUCUACCGCCAGAGCAGCUAAUCUAAUCUCCAAUUUACGUACAUGAAGUCCCUAAGGUAGACUUUAAAGAUUUCAGUGAUUUGGUUUUAAUUUGGCACAUUGUUUGUGAUGGGAUGUCAGACUUCCUUCUGUCCUAAAAGUGUCUGCGUUUCUAACAUCUGUAAAUUAAGCAUGGCCUUUUCCAGAGCUAGGAGCUCUAACUGUGUUACCCCCGGUGAGAUCAGAAAAAUUAGUUUCGCUCAGCUGCCACAUCACUCUUUCACUGUGAUCUGUCUGUCUCUCACAAACACACACCGGCUGUUUCAGUCUUACAAUUUUUGAAUGGGAAAAAGGGAGAGGGAAACAUAAAGAUAUUGGUGCACAACCAAGCAAUGUUACAAAUAAGUUAUUUUUAAUAUGGAAAAAGUGGUGUAAAAAGUAUGUUCUCCUUUAAUAUUAUAAAAUAUAGGACCUUUUACAUGAUGCUUUGGUGGCUGCUCCUUGUUGUCUUUGACCUUAGAAAUGACAUCCUGCUACAUCACAUGGUAGCUCCUGACAUUGCUCUUUUUGGGCCUUACAAUAUCCUUGCUUACGUGCAACUCCAUUGACAGACAUCAGUGGAAGUCAGGUUCUCUAUUCAAGGGUACAAUAUGACGCUUAAAGUUCAGUCUUUCUUCUGUUAAGUCAAUAAGAGUUUUGACAUUUACUUCAGUGGGAGCAUGAUAGGGUCCUUAUAUCUAUCCUUCACCCACUGAAGUCAAUGGAAGUGAUGCCAUUAACUUGAAUAGGAGCAGGAUCCACCCUUACAGAAAAUAAAUAAGGAAAUAAAAAAUUGGUAAGUGAAAUACAUGGAAAUAUAGUAUAGCCACAGAGUAAUCUGAAACUGCACAUGGUGUAGUCUCCCCAUGUAUUAACUAUCAAAUGUAGGUAAGAGGGAACAAACUAGUUUGUUUCUUUUAAUGGUGAUUUUACACGUUUUGAAAGUGAUGAAUAUUAAAGUUAUUUUUCUGGUUGCAGAUCCAAUAUUAAAGCUGACUGGAAGCUGCUUUUCAAGCUCCAUGAUGUCAUCUGUAUUUGGGAGCUAGAUGGCUCAAAGUGUUUGCAAAUGAGACACAGAACUUUUCACCACUAGGUAUACGUUAAGAUUUAAGACAAUACAAAGAGCCAGGUGCGUUUGCAGUGGGGCACAUGAUUUAUUAGUGGUAACCUAGAAAUGAUACAGCUAGCACUAAGUCUGUGUGUAGUGAGACCAACUUGAUUAACUCAUUAAGUGCCUUCCAGCACAUCUCUUUGUAUUUCAGAAACACUUGCUAAUAUUGAAAAGCCCAAUAAGGUGUAAGUGUGAACUGGCAGCCAAGGUAUGCUACCUGAAUCUGGAGUCUGCUGAGAUGAUUAUUCUGCUUCGUAUUUAUUCAGCUGGGUCUGGGGUAGCACAUUGUGAAAAUGAUGGUAUAGUUUAUCACAGAUUCAUUCUGUCUGGUGGCACUGAUGCACUCUCACAGCAUGUCCAUGGAUUUGGGGAGGCCUUCUCAGUGGUGGCUCAGGAAUGAGAUGAAGCUGAAUCGUGUUUCUCUGAAGGCAGCCUGCUGGGCGUGUAUUAGGUAGGAUUGGAGGGUUCUUGCUGCUCCAGUCAUGGAUCCUGUUGUUGGGUCUUCUUGCUCCCCACCGCCUCCCACUCCCACUUUUCUUCUGGCCUUGGCUCUGGUAUAUCUUGUAGCAUGUGUCUUCAGUUGUAAAGCUGGUUGUGGGAUUCCUAUAACUCUGCCUUUUUCUCUGAACACUUUAAGAUCUGGCCAUUCAGAAUUUGAUUGAUGGCUCUGGUAAAGAAAUCUUCAUCUUCUGAUCCAUCAGGAGUUGUGCUGGCAAAACGCCAUAUGCUAAUGGUGUAGCUGUAUGUGCUAAGAGACCCUAAUGUGGUUCUUGAGCCUUUUUUCCUUAGAGCUUUUCUUGUAACAACUGCUCUUUCAGAGUCCCCAUUUGGGGCAGGAAAUGAGGACCGUUCGUUGUUUGGUUAAGGUCACAGGGCCUGGUUCUUAUUUAAAGUAAGACCACUUUACACUGUUCUGGUAGUGAGGAAGAGCCUCAGAGUGACAGUAGAUUAUGCUUGUACCCAUUGUGAAGCCCUUUUGCACUGCCAGCAUGGUGUAAGGUGACCUUAAGGUAAGUGAGACUCAAGCCCAUAUUCUUAGCCUAGUGGAUAGAGCACUGGACUGGAAUUCAGCAGAUCUGGGUUCUAUUCCCAGCUUUUCCAUGGGCCUGCUGGGUGACCUGAGGCAAGUCACUUCUCCUCUUGAGCCUCAGUUUCUGCAUGAUGAAAAGGGCUGUUGAAGAACUAGGGAUUAUUUUUAUUUAUUAUGUAAUGAAGUCCGCAAACUGCACUGGAGUGAACCCACAGUCCAUGAUCCUUGGCAAAAGUUUCAAGAACUCAUUAUCACGUGAACAUAGUUUUUAAUCUGUUAACCCCGUGUGUGGAUGAGUUUGCUGGCAGAUUAGCCUCUGUCACAUAUUGUGAAUGGGAAGCUACCGCUACUCUAGUGGUGGUGUUUUUUAAGUUACGUAGGUCGGUGUUUAUCGGCUGCCUUUGUCUUUCUCUCAGCUCUCUGCUCUAAUCAACACUGUGCUUCUUUUGCACAAAUUACAAAGCUUUCCACCAAGUCCAUUUUGACUGUCCUGAACACUGGACUGUUUGAUGUGCUCUUGCGCUGCACUUUAUUACGUCUUUUUGAUCUUAACGGAUCUUUCCAAGCCUUUCCUCUCUUUGAUCUUCUGGUCUGAUGAGCCUCUGUCCUUUUAACAGCAGAUCAUCAACUAUAUUGAUGCUUCAUUUAUAUUGCCAGUAUUGUAGGAACUGUUCAGGGAUUGCUCCUUUCCUUAGCCCACCUGUCUCUGCCUAUCUGCUUAAGUAUUGGCAAGUCCUAGGACCUUUGUUGUGCUUGCUCAGUUUGGACUGGGUAGCUGGGAAGCUUUGACUCAUCUGGUCUAUAUACAGCUUGAGUUCUGUGAAACAUUCUUCUUUCAUCACUGGGCUAUGUGGGGAAGCUUUGGAGAGAGCAUCUGCCCACACAAGGCUUAUCCUGGGAAUGUGCACUACUGUGUAGCUGAAGAGAAGUCAGUGCAGGUGGAAUCUCAGUAUUUAGGAGGGUGGCUCAUGCUGGGUCUUCAACCACAGCAAGGAGCUCAAGACAGGAGAUUGUCAUAAGCAAGGGAGACUGAAUAACAGACAAAGAAAGAUAAAGGAAUAAUGACACUAGACCGGGGUGGCCAACCUGUAGCUCUGAAGCCACAUGCAGCUCUUCAGAAGCUAAUAUGUGGCUCCUUGUAAAGGCACUGACUCCGGGGCUGGAGCUACAGGUGCCAACUUUCCAGCAUGCCAGGGGGUGCUCACUGCUCAACCCCUGGCUCUGCCACAGACCCUGCCCCACUCCACCCAUUCUUGCUCCCUCCCCUGAGUCUGCCGUGCCCUUACUCCUUGCACCUCCCCCCCAGAGCCUCCUGCACGCCACAAAACAGCUGAUCGGGAGGUGCAGGGAGGGAGGGGGAGGCGCUGAUUGGCGGGGCUGCUGGUGGGUGGGAGGUGCUGGGAGCAGGGGUUGAGGAAAGCUGAUGGGGGCUGCUGACGUGUUACUGUAGCUCUUUGGCAAUGUACAUUGGUAAAUUCUGGCUCCUUCUCAGGCUCAGGUUGGCCAUCCCUGCACUAGACUACGCUUUCCCGCUCAUGAACGGUGACUUGUGUGGACCCAAUUCUGGCAAGGGAGAAUGGGGUGGAAAUUGUCCACAUCACUUCUGGCUCUAUCGAAACUCUUGGAGAGUCCAGUAAAUCCAACAGAAACCCCAGAACAUCAUUUCAUGGUGUCACGUAGGGCAAUGGCCCAAACCCACAGCCAGGUCCCAAACUCCUGCUUCUGGGCUGUGUGGGGCUGCUGCUUCUGGCCAGAAGAUAAUCACAUGCUAACCAAUGUUUGCAAUGUGCAUGUGUGCCUGUUUGGGGCCCAUUUGUGCUACUAACCAAAAUUUGGGCCCUGCAUUUGUAAACAAGGAGCAAGCUUCAUCUCUGUAACUCUGGUGAUUUCAAGAGCCUUACGCCAAGCAGACAGUGGGCUGGUUGUUGAAGUGUUACUGGUUUGGGAGCCGUUUAUUGCUAAGUCUCUUCCUGGGAAAGGCUUGUCUUUCAUCUUUUCUCUUAACAUCUUUAGCAGGGCUUACCCAUUCCUGCUCCCACUCCCUUGCACAGUGAACAGGAACUCAAAAUUCUGCAGCCAGUUUUAAAACUACCCCAGGUUUGACAGUUUGCAGUGGAACAGUUGCGGCAGGAGGAUUCCUAAAGGGAAUUAACACUUUGUAGCAAUUAGAGUCUGACAACUGAAAAAGAAAGUUGGCAGCAUUAGAGAAAGAUGCAGUGAUGGUCAAUGUCCUGGGAAACAAAGAAAGGAGACUCAUUUCUGAGGGGGCCAGCAGGGAGUAUUUGUUAGGAAGUGUUUACUGAGCAGUGGGAUAUGAGUGGGAACUUCAUCAUAAUACCAAAUCAAAUGGAAAGGAAUGCAUGAGACAGAGUGGUGGAAAUGUCAGUCUUUGACACAUGCAGAAAUAUAAAUAAAGAGGGUGGAGAAACCAAGAAUAAUAAACAGAAGGGAAAGCCUUGGGUAGCCGAGGAUGUACAGCUUGGCUCUGGGCUGAAAGCCAGCAGGGGGUCCAUGGCUGUGAGUUGUUAGACCAAUGCCUAAACUGGAUUGCAGCCUACCCGUGGUGACAAUUAGUGUCCCGCUCCCCAUCACAGAAAUAAGGUCAUACUUGGCUGUGGGCAGAAGAACUUGAUUUGAAAUUCCUUUCCUCCCCCAUCCCUCUUUUCCGCUGCCACAUGAAAGUCUGCAACAUCCUUGAAAGAGGGGGGAAACUGCAACCCUUUGUCGAGUGACAGCCAAGCCUGUGGUUUUGUUUUAUUUUUAUUUUUAUCCCUCUGCAUUGGACUAGAAAUAGAAAUGCAGCAGCACUGCCUGGUUCCCGAAAGGACAGGCUGAGUGCUUUGUAGAAGGAAAUUGCAAGAGAUGCAAAAAAGGGUAAUGAGGGCAUGUCAGAUCCUUCCCCAUGGAACCCAGCAAACUAUGGCAAAACAGAGGCAGGGCAGGCCGCUCUAGUCAAGAAAGAGCCACCGCAUCCUCCUGAGGGAAGAGAAUCUAGUUUUAUUAUCUUGUAAAGCUGCACAGAACAGAACUGCUGAGGUCUUUGACCUGCUGUUGGUCUUGUUCACUGAGUCACAGGCCAAACAUGCAAACAGUUCAGCUCACCUGCACUGACCCCUUUCACCAGGAAAUGUGAAUUAAUAUAGAGUCAGAUUCUGCAAUGCUUAUUCACACUGAGCAGUGCCUUACUCCAUAAAGAGUCUCAUUAAUUUCGAUAGGGCCGCUAGAGGAGCAAGGCAGUCCUCUGUGAGCUUGGGAUGGUAUAAUCUUGCCCCUGGCUUCCUGCAUUCAAUCUGUCCCAGGAACGUCAGUAUUGAUGCUAAUUUUCCUGCAGUGAUUUAUCUGGGGAGGGGUUGUCUUAUGUGGUAGCAAAUUGUUUUAUCAGUUACAAUUUCAUUAUUUUAGGGCCAGUUUCUCUUUCCCUUUCUCUUGCGUAGAGGCACUUUACUCCCUUAGUAAUCCCAUUGGCUCCAAUGGCACCACUUGUGGAGUCAGGUGCUAGUCUAGCUGUCCCAAGGCAUCCCAGUCGGGCCCCUAUAAAGUGGGAGUUCCCUUUUGUGAAGCUUCUGGUGGGAUUGCUGUCUCGUUGUUGAGUUUCCAGCUGUUGCCUCUUUGUUGUGUUGGGAAGAAAGGGGCAGAGCCUUUCAGUCACACAGGUGUCCAUAUUGGCCAGGCCUGUUUGUAGUUUCUUGGCUUAAAAAAGAAGAAGAAAUGUAAACAAAAGUGAGUUUCAAAAUGUGUUGUGUACCAGAUAUUCUUUGGCGUACUGAUAUCACUUUUAAAUGUCUAUCUUCCUCAGCAUUCAUCUCUGCCGUAUCAAAACACCUGGAGUUACCGCUACUGCACCUAAUACAUUCAGGAGAAAGCACGGCUAGAAGGAACGGUCUGCACAUAGGACCAAAUUUGCGGCUGGUGUAACUCAGUUAACUUCAGUAGAGUUACAACAUUAGUGAAUUUAACCCUCACAUCCAGGUCCAGUUACUUACUCAGGUAAAACUCCCCUGGAUUUCAGUGGGAGGGUUGUUGGUUUUUUUAAACAAAGAUUGCAGGAUUUUGUAGAGGAGAUUCUACAGUAAGGACACAGUAUAACACUUGACUGUAUGAAACCCAACAGAGUAGAUUCUCUGCUGGCACAAAGGGAUAAAAACUCCAUUAAAGUAAAUGGAGCUGAGUCCGUUGGUCUUAUGAUUCAAAGACUGGUUGCUGUAAACAAUCCCUGUUGUGAAUAUUUAAUUGCGGGGUCAAUUUCCAGGAUUAUUGUAGCAGAAUUCAUGUUGGAAAUUCCAGAUAGACAAUAGUCUCUCUCCCGGUAUGGAUCUGUAAUACCUGUAUCUUACAUGUUCUUUGUUGGUUUUAUUGUGGCUAGUGAUGAGGCAGCUGAAAUGGUUCCAUUCGGUUAAGCAUCCAUCUGAACGUGAGGCUAGGAAUCUCAGAAAAUCAGGCCCCCUCAUGAGUUUUCGGGUUCUAAAGAAAGCUGAAUCUGGUCCACCAUUGACAGGAGUUCAGGGCCCACAGGGUUUGCAGGAUGGGAAAUCGUCUCUCUCUCAGAGUUUCUAUUCCCAGUCCUAGCUGCAGCCAAGAAGAAUGGAGGUUUAUGGGUUUGUUGGUUUGUUUUUUAAAAAAAGAAAAGGUGCUUUCUUUUUACCAGAUGUUUUUGAACAUAAGAAAGAGAGUUCAGGUUUGUUUCAUUUUAAGUUGUGGGGUAAACUCGAGGCUGGUUCUGAUUUUAUCCAAAUUGGUUGGUCCAUCUCUAUUUGCAGCCAAUCAUUCCUUUAGCUGUAUGCAGUCAAAGGUUAUUGUCUUCCUUCAAAGAGUUGUUUAAACAUUUCAGAUAUCCCAGAGCUGGAUCCCCGACCAGGUAGCAAGACUCAGUCUGGGUAGUGCUCAGUCUGCAAGAAGGCUGUGUCCCUUUGGGAUUUGCCAUGAUGAUGAUAAGAGCAGGGUGGUUCAUUUGGCACAUGAAGUCGUAACUGGAUACGCUGGCAGCAAUAGGUAGAGAGGGACCUGAAGCUGGUCCUGAAAAUCCUUAUGUUUCAGGGACGUCCAUAUCCAGAGCCAAACUAAAGAGAUGACUCCUAUCUCUAUCAUAGGCCAAACUGAAAUCUUCCAUCCGGGUACCUCUGAACAUUGAGGAAGUCCAGAUUCAGAUCAAAAUUUCAAGUCUGAGGCCAAGUUCUAGGCCUACAUAGGUUCCCUCUGAAAAAUUUACAGCCAUGUCUUGUUUGUAAAAUUCCACCGUAGCUGCUUUCCUGCCUCUGUCACUAACUGUAGGACAGCAGUCAUGAUGGGUCAAUAUUCCACUUGAUACUGCAGGUGGCAGUCUAAAUAUCGCGGGAUUUCAGCCUCCCUCACAUGUUAUACGCCCAGUAAUGUCUCUGGGGUACUUGCAAAGCAGUACAUCUUUAACAGGUUCUUUUUCUUUUCUUUGCUAUGGAAACUCCUUCAGAUUUAGUGUAAAGUCUAAUAAUGUGUCCGUUUGAAAAGAAGAAUGUCUAGGGAAGUAAUUGCACUGGUAAUCAAUUGGUGUCUAUAGAUAACAUGAAGCAGAAGUAUUGAAUGUAAGAACAAGAAAGCCGAUGAGUAAUUACAGUACAUGCCGGAUUCUGACGUGUAAAUUGUUGUUAGUUCUCUUGUCAUUUAAACUACAUGUGAUCCAAGCAAAUUUCUCACUGUGGCACUGCUGGUACAGAUGCCUCUUCGGAAGAGGAAACCUGUCUAGUUGAAUCUCCUUCUAUUCUGUGAAAUAAUGAUAUAAUUUGGAAGUCAAAGACAUGCUUUUCACUUCUUGGUGCCCCGCAUCUUAUAACACUGUAUAGCCGAGAAGCACAAGAAAAGAGUACCAGCUGGAUGUCUUUGUUAUUACUAGCAUUUGCCUAUUUUCUUAGUCACAAGCUACAAUAAGCCAAUCUCAUCAAGUAAACUCCAGGUUCUUCAUGCCACUGGUCUCUGAAGAACGGGUCUUGCCUUCAUUCUUUACCCUGAACUUUGCAGUGCUUCGGCAGGCUGCAAUGCUGUUGAGAAGUAAAUUGUGCUACCGGAAGUGUGCAGCUGAAUUGGAACCUGAUCGUUGAUUACUGUCUUACGUCAUUUAUUGGUUUUGUAUCAUUUCAUCAUUAAUAACAAAGCUGCAAUAUAAUAUAACCAAGAGGCCAUAAUGUAUUUUCUGUUGCCAUUCAGUUGUGGGGGGGUGGGGAGGGGAAAGAAGGGGCUGAGUUUAAAGUUUAGCUGGCAUGCUUUAAACUCUCUGUACAUAACCUUUGAGGACAAGACGGUUGUAGGGGUUGAGCUGUAUUUUGCUAGACUGGUAAACUUCUUUUUGUUUUGUUUAAAUAGUGAUGUAUUUAACUAAUGACAUGUUGUACAAAGCAUUGUUAAUUUAAUGGAUUUUUUUAUUUUCCUGUAACAGAUCCAUAUAACAUUUCAUUUUGGCAAGAACUUUUCAUAAGCCAGCACCAGUAUUGCACGCAGCAUUAAGUUGACUAGUCAUGCUUUUUUUUUUUUUUUGGGGGGGGGGGGGGGGAUUUUUUUUCUUCAGACAAAUAGCAUUACCCAUUGUUAACUUACUGCUUGGGGCUAUAUCCUGAAUUUCCUUUUAAAAUGAAAUUUAAUUUAAAGUUGCCUGUGAGGGAUAUGAACAAGCAAGAGGCUAUGCCAAAAUGUCUCAAUUGUAUCAUCUUGUAAUAUAUUGCAGCUUUAUGCCAAUGAUUCCUUGCUUAUCUGUACACGGUACAUGCAUGUUUUGAACUAAUUCCACAUUCUCCAUUUGUGGUGAGUUACUUAGCAUUUUUACCACCUUUUGUGCCAUUCAACUUGUACAGAAAACAUUUUUAUUGAUGUUUUAAAGGGUAAAAAAAGAAAAAGAAAAAAAAAACUUCUGCUCCAUAGCUUUAGGUAGAACUUGAUUACUUAGCUAACAGAUGUAAAUUCGUGGUCGUAGUAUUAGAAGUGCUAGGUUGCUAGUGAACAAGCUUUUGAGAGUAAAUGCAUGGUAUUGUACAUCUCAUUUCUUAAUUAACUCUUCCUUUACCUCUGAAAAGAAGGUUCUCUCUUUCUGUCUUUCUCUCUGUCUCUCACUCUCUCAUGGUUGUAAGUUACAGAUUUGGGCAUAAGUAAAAUAAUAUACAACAAAGUUUGAGAAGCAGUUGUCAGCAGGUUCUCCUGAGAAUGUGUUACGUAUCAAAGAACAAUGCCUUUGGCACUCUGAAUAGACACUGGACUUUAAAGAAAAACAGAUAAAGAUCAGUCACAUAUUGUCUUUGAUUGAACUGUACAAUUAGUUAAAUAUUCACAAGAUCACGUAAUUAGUAAAAGAUGUGAUCUUAUUUACCCAUUUCAACAGAGGCGUUCGGCAUGUGAUGUAUUUGCAAAUUAUUAUGCCCCAUACGUGUCUGUUUUUAAUGGAUGUAGUCCCAUAGGUCUGGAUUUGCAGAGUUUGAUUUUACUGAAUAUUCAGUGGAAGGUCGGGGGAUGAAAUUGUGUUAGGGGUUCUGAAAACACCUCCUCCUCUUCCACAUGCCCAGACUCUGAUUUCAAUUUACAGGGUUUCUUUGGUAGUUGUGCCUCCAUUUGCAACAGAGGACAUACAACAUUAAAAGUUUGGAAAAUAUGGGGCCACUUACAAAGAUGGGGUUUGUAAGAAACAAAGGAAACAGACAUGAACAACCCCCCCAAAAAAUCCUAUCCAUCCUAGAUCUGUGUGUCUAUCCCUCAUGCCUCUUCUCUCUUAGCAGUAUUUCCUUUUGUUAGAAGACUUAACGUUCUAGCCCAAAUUUCCAUAUUUGUGAGGUGUUGUGAACUGUUUUUACUACUUGUAAUAAUCAUCCCAGAUCUGAUAACACUUGUAAUGCAAUGCCAUGCAGCAGAGAACCUGUCCACUUUAUAGCUUUGCUCUCAAUAUUUGUUACUCAUUCUUUUCUCAUCUAAAUGUACAUUUGCAAGAUGUGUGUAAUGUCACUUUCAAAAAUAAAAUUUGGUUUCAAUA